AUGAAAUUCGACUCCGGUCUUGAACGGACCGAUGACCAGGCUGCCCUGGCUCGGCUCGGCAAGAAACAAGUCUUGAAACGUCGGUUCGGUUUUCUCUCCAUCGUUGGUUUUGCGAUGGCCGAGUUGAUCACUUGGGAAACCGUUCUGACUCUGUUCAACCAGUCUUUCGAAAAUGGUGGUCCGGCGGGUGCCUUUUAUGGCUACAUCAUUGCCUGCCUAUCGACUUUGUCCACUUACACCGUCAUUUCGGAACUUGCUUCGAUGGCUCCCAUCGCCGGUGGCCAGUAUUAUUGGGUUUAUAUGCUCGCCCCAGCGCGCUGGAAGAAGGUCUCGAGCUACCUGAUUGGAUGGCUCACAUGUCUCGCGUGGAUUGCGACCAUCGCAACUGAGACAAUUUUCCUCGGUACCAUGAUCGAAGGCUUGAUUACCCUGAAUAAUCUAGAAUUUGCCCAGCAGCGUUGGCAAAAUACCCUUUUGGCCUGGGCCAGCAUCGCCGGAACAUUCUUCAUCAACGUGGUGUUGCCCAACGCGCUUCCCCGUUUCGAGAUCGCAAUGCUUGUACUGCAUCUGGCGGGUUUCGUCGCCAUCAUGGCUACAUUGCUGGCUCUAUCCCCAAAGAGCACCCCCGACUUUGUUUUCCACACAAGUCUGAAUGAGGGUGGUUGGCCUACCCAAGGGAUAUCCUACUGCGUUGGCUUCAUCGGUAAUAUCGCAACCUUUGUCGGUGCAGACGCCAGCGUACACAUGGCCGAGGAAGUCGCCAAUGCGGCUGUUGUGAUUCCACGGGCCAUCAUCACAGGCAUGACAUUGAACAGUGCCCUUGGCUUCGCAAUGAUGCUCACUGUUCUUUUCUGCAUUGGUGAUGUUAAAUCCGUCCUGGGGUCCAACACCGGAUUCCCUUUCAUCCAGAUCUUCUACAACAGCACACAGUCGUACGCAGGUGCGUCUGUCAUGACGGCGGUCAUCAUGGUAUUGACCAUGGCCUGCUCGAUUGGCAUUACUGCUACCGCAUCUCGUAUGACCUGGUCCUUUGCACGAGACGAGGGCCUGCCCUUCUCCCGUUUCCUGAAGCAAGUGAACCAUCGCACCAAAAUCCCCAUCGUAUCAGUCUCCGUAGUCUGCGGAUUUGCCGCAGCCCUGACGCUCAUCUACAUCGGCUCUACGACUGCCUUCAACGAUGUGAUUUCCCUGACGGUCACCGGAUUUUACAGCACCUAUUUCCUCCCAAGCGUAUUUCUCCUCUACCACCGGAUGAAAGGACACAUUCUGCCCCACGGAACUAUGCUCGAUGGCCUCCCGGAUGCACCCGCCAGUGCGAGCGCCAACUCGGAUCAACCCAGCCCCAGCCCCGGCCCAUCCUCUAGCCCCGAACGCAACCCAACUGAAAAAACCACCAAGCAACUCGAGUAUGAAAUUUCUCAAGCGCCCCUGAUCUGGGGCCCGUGGAAGGUCCCGGGCAUCCUCGGAACCAUUAACAACCUUUAUGCAUGCGUGUACAUGCUCUUCGUCAUCUUCUGGAGUGUCUGGCCUCCUAGCACACCAGUUGAUUAUUCCACUAUGAACUAUAGUAUCGUCGUCACGGCCGGCGUGCUCAUUCUGAGUGGAAUCUGGUACUUUGUGCGGGCCCGGAAGGAUUACUCUGGUCCUUUGAUCGAUGAGGAAGUUGCCGAGAUCAUGCAUCUUUCUCCGGCUGCCAUCAAGGCGUCAUCUCAAAAGACCCAAGUUUAA